GGACGCCACUUUUUCACAAAUUAAAAAGAAGAUAAAUAACCGGUGGGUGCAAAUCACAUCAUUGCUCGCGACGGUGCCUGGGUCGUCAACAACAACUCGCCGCCUAUCAUGGAAAUUACAAUGCUCAUGGUGAUCAUCAUCUGCAACGGUCAUUUACAUGUGAAAGGCAAGUUCGCGAUAGGAUAUGCCAAUUUAUGCCCUGGCAUUCAAUUUUAUGUCUUGACGUGACUUGCAGAUUCAAAAGAGAAGAUGCCAAUUCAUACACUCUCACUUAAUUCACCGUCGAUGCGCAUAUUGGUCAUUAAAAACACUGAGCGCCUCAUCGAAUACAAAUCGUGCCAUUAAGCGUGCUUUGGAAGAGGGCUCCUCUUUUUAUGGGUCUUGGCACUGAAGCGACUGUAAGGAGUAGAUCGUACAAAAGCAUUAGUCUUAUCUUUCGAGUUUCGACAUCCUCGACGAAUCCAACGAAGUCCAAAUCACUUUCAUGUCCUCCGCCGUACCUGUUGUAGCAGACACUCACGCUGUCACUAAUCCUCGACCUGUCGAUCAACCAGGUUCUCCUAUCAAAGAUGACAUUGAGGACAAGGGUGAACUUUCUUAUUCAGACAUCAACGAUUCUGUCGAGACUCUCGACGCCAAAUGGUAUGAGCCUCCAGACUCCUACGAGUCUAAGCAUCGAUGGGAUCCAGAAGCCAAAUGGACACCAAAGGAGGAGACCAAGUUGAGAAGGAAACUGGACAUUCGUGUGGCUGCUUUUGCUUGUCUUUGUUUCGCAGCUCUUCAAUUGGAUCGUGGAAAUAUUACCAAUGCGCUUUCGGAUGGAAUGCUCGCGGACAUUGGCCUCACUACCGCAGGAUAUAAUACUGGGAUGACCAUCUUCUAUGUUUGCUUCUUGUCCGCCGAACUCCCAUCACAGAUGAUAUCGAAGAAGCUUGGCAGUGAUGUCUGGAUCCCCAUCCAAAUGAUGGCUUGGUCUGUUGUCGCUAUCUGUCAGGUGGCUAUCAAGGGAAAGUCUUCCUUUUAUGCUACCCGAGCUCUCCUCGGUUUGCUCGAAGGUGGAUUUGUUGCUGAUACAGUCCUCUACUAUUACACUUCCGCUGAACUCACCAUUCGACUUUCUUGGUUCUGGGUUUCAAUGACUACUACCACUAUCAUCGGCUCUCUCUUGGCCACUGCUAUUCUUAAGAUGCGAGGCCUUCACGGACUUGCUGGGUGGAGGUGGCUCUUCGCCAUCGAAGGUGCCCUUACCUUCCUCAUCGGAUUUUGGGCUUGGUGGUAUCUACCCGCCUCACCUACUCAAACCAAAAAGUGGUGGAGGCCCAACGGAUGGUUCACCGAUCGAGAGGAGACCAUCAUUGUCAAUAAGGUCCUCCGAGACGACCACACCAAGUCUUCUAUGCACAACCGUGAAGGCUUGUCCCUUAAAGAUGUUUGGCGCUCUGUGUCAGACUUUGACAUGUGGCCUCUCUAUGCUAUCGGUUUGAUUGCCUUCAUUGUCCCUACCACUAUCAGCGCAUACUUUACUCUUACACUUAAGGCUUUGGACUUCACUACCUUCCAGACCAACUUGCUCACUAUCCCUAGUAACGUCUUGUUUAUCCUUAUGAACCUUGGUGUUUCCUUCUUGUCCAAGAGGCUCAAGGAGCGCCUUAUGGUCACGACUGUACAGCCUUUCUGGCAUCUGACCUUCCUGAUCGUCAUUGUCGCUCUCCCUGACGAUGCUAAUCGAUGGGUGAAAUGGGUCGUUACCAGUCUGCUUCUGGGUUUCCCUUACUGUCAUCCUAUUUUGGUCUCCAUGAACAGCAUGAACGCCGGGUCCGUGCGAACACGUACUGUUGCCAGUUCCGUAUACAACAUGUUUGUCCAAGCCUCAGCACUUAUUGCUUCCAAUGUCUAUCAACCUUCCGACGCACCCUACUACCACAAGGGUAACCGAGUCCUCAUCGGUAUCAGUGUCGCCUCCAUUGUCAUAUGCUGGCUUGCCAAGGCCUGGUACAUCUGGCGUAACAAGCAGCGCGCCAAGAUCUGGGACUCUUGGACCGUCCAACAGAAGGAGGAAUAUCUCGCGACCACCAAGGACAGUGGUAACAAGAGACUGGACUUCCGUUUCUUGCACUAGGUUUUUUUUCCCACUCAUCAACACACCAUUUUCUCCUUCGGCUGUACUUUUAUUUCCUGUCUUGGUUCAUUUCCUUUACUUACGGAAGUGUAUUGGUUUUUAGCGAAUCGUCUGAUUAUAGAAUGUUGUCACCCAACUAGAAUAUAGAUACAAAAGUUUAUCGCGUUCUGUAAUCCGUUGAUAGUGCUAUCUUAAUAAUGCAAUAGGGUAUUGAUACUAUCAGCGAAUCUCGAUGCCGACGAGAAGGUGCAAAAAGAAAAAGACUGUUUUUAAUAAUGGGGGAGACCAAUGAUUCGUUGUUACUAUGCAACCGGUUCAUUGAUCGUCAGCUUGAUCAAUUUUGAGUGUUCCAAAGUCCCUGAUUCAAGAAAGAUAUGGCGAGAGAUGUAUCAAACAAGGCAAUGGAGCUCGGGUGGUAAUGACAAGGAAUAAGAAGACGUGGGAUCAAGAAUCAAUGACUACAGACGAAGUGGGUAAUUUAAGGGUAUAGAGGAAGGAAAGGGUGUAGGAGGAGGACGACAAAAAGGAGGACGAGAGGAAGGCGGGGAAGAAGAAGUUUGAGGCGCCAACAAGGAGAGAGCGAGAGAUGGAAGAGGAGGAGAGACAAGAGAAGAAGGAGGACCGUGCAGGGAGCCUUAGGGAGAGAUAAGGCCCGAGCAGAGGAUGCAGGGUACGUAAAUGUGAUAAAGAUGAGUCAGCCCGUAGAGUUGGAAAAGAUAGUAUAAAAAAGGAGGCGUAGUCCUUCGACGAGUAGAUAAAAUGCAUAGCCCAAGCAGCUUAAUCGU